AUGUCUCUAGAUGGAAAAGUAGCACUGGUCACCGGCGCUGGGCGCGGCAUGGGUCGGGCCACGGCGUUGGCAUUGGCCAACGACGGGGCGAGCGUGGCGGUGACGGAUAUCCUCGCCGACGCGGUGGAGGAAACGGCCACGGAUGUCCGUGCCACCGGCCAGAACAGCGUUGCGAUCUCGGCGGACAUCGGCGACGGCGACGACAUCAACCGGGUGAUCGCCAACGCAGUGAGCGCGCUGGGUCGGGUGGACAUCCUCGUCAACAACGCCGGGAUCACACGCUACCUCGACAUCAUGGACAUCACCGAGGAUGACUGGGACCGCAUCCACCGGGUGAACGCGCGCGGCGCGUUCUUUGUCAUGCAGCGGACGGCCCGGCAAAUGAUCGACCAGGGUGGCGGCGGGCGCAUCGUGAACAUCGCCUCCAUCGCCGGAAAGGGUUACCGCGGCACCUCCAACGCCGCAUACGCCGCCAGCAAGGGCGCGGUCAUAUCGAUGACGCUGAUUGCCGCGCACCAGCUGGCGCGCUAUGACAUCAACGUGAACGCCAUCUGCCCGGGUUCAACCAUUACGGCGAUGGCAGCGUCCACCAUGGAGCAGCGAGCGGCGGAGAUGGGAAUAUCCGUGGACGAGUUGCAGGGCCAGCGGGCGUCGAACAUUCCCAUCGGGCGGGCCAACGAGCCGGAAGACAUUGCGGCCAUGGCGGCGUUUUUGGCCAGCCCCGGCGCGCGGAACAUCACCGGCCAGACCAUCAACGUGGACGGCGGGCUGGUGAUGCACUAG